AUGGAAAUGGAAUUUGGUAAAGGAAUUGAUAUGGAACAAAGCCCCAACAGUGUUCUUCCUGCUCCUCGUCCUUUCACUGAAUCAGAAAAGAGGAGCACAAGACUCAAGCCGCCUCGUAGAGAUGAGAUCUUGAGAGUCAAAGAAGGCUUCACCGAGAUAAGCUUCAGGCGUUACCGUAGCACGUCCUGUAAGAAUUUUCCUUCAAAGCCUCUUGCAAUGUCGGAUAAGUCGGAGCAGAGGAGAGGUUCUGUGUAUCAGAGCUCCAACGAGUUGUUUAAAGAACGUAAAGAUUCAAAAGCAAAGCUUGAGCUGUCUCGUAGUAGUGAUGCUUCUUUCUCCUUUAGAGUUGUUGAUUCUUCAAGAAAAGGAAGUACAGAGAAAAGACCGGACAAGAAGCUUUCAGAUGGACAGAAGUCAUCAGUUGAAGCUAACACUUCUAGUAACUUCAUUGACAUUUGUUUGAAAUCAGGUAUUAAAGAUAGAGCUAUGGUGUUGGAUUCAGAUGAUGAUUCAGCGAAAGAAUGUAAUGACAAUAAAACAAGAUUGCUUAAGCAAGUAGAAAAGGUUACUACAGUCUCUUCAUCAGUAACGAGUUGCAAUAAGGAAAGCUCAAGAGUUAGGAAAAUGUUUGAUCCAUUUGUUAAGUCAAAGUCUCUGAGAAGUCCUCUUGGGUAUACUAUAGGAGAAUCAGGUGAUCAUUUCGGAUUUGAAUGUACAGAAAAGCUUGAGAAGAACAAUGAGCGUUGCAAAUCUAUGUUGAGUGAUUACUACUCAAACAUUCAUAAAAGAUCAAAUCUUUGUCCUCUUCCUCCUCCUCCUCCAGUUGUCAGUAAGGAUUAUACUUUGGUGCUGAAAUCUUCUCCGGUUCAUCUACAUUGCCGUCUCAAGGUCGAAAGCAAACAUGGACUGCCUGUUUUUCAGUUUGUGUCAGAUUCUCCUGAGGAUGUUUACGCUGCAAAGACUUGGAAAUCUGAUAAUGGUUCUGGUUGGGUAUAUACGUUUUCAUCUGUUGGAAGCAGGAAGAGGAGCAGUGCUAGUGUGAGAGGCUCGAAUGAUGUUAACAAAGACUCUUUGCUUGUUGCUCAGAUGCAAGUUUCGUGUAAUAUGUGCACAGAGGUAAGAGUAAAGGGACAAAAUCCAGAGACUUUGAUGGUGAAUGAGUUUGUUCUGUAUGAUAUUGCACAAGCAAGAAGGAGUGUCUCCACUAAAGAAGAUCAAUCACUACCACUUGAUACGGUUACUAAUGUCUCCAAGAGUCUUGCUAAACCAGACUCAGAUUCAAGAAACAGCACAAUGUCUGGAGAUGUUUCUGAUACAGUGAAGCAGAGAUCUCAGCCUAAACGUACAUCUCAAAGCUAUGAUCUCGAGGCUUCAAACGGAAAAACCCCGUGGUCAGCGUCAGAUUUGCAUCCUGACCUUGAGAUCGCUGCUGUAAUCAUCCAAGACACGAUUGAGAAGAGAGAAAGCUUGAAAUACAGAAGAGGUGACAAGAGGCUGAUGGAGAAAACGAAUCUUCUUGGUCUUUCUCCAAUAGAGGAGGAGAAGAAGGAGUUUCUUGGCAGCAGAAGCUCAGAGAAGCUGAAGGUUGUGAUCCCGAGGGGGAACCACGGUCUACCGACUACCGAAAACACCGGUCCUUCGCCUCUGAUUGAGAGAUGGAGGUCAGGAGGUGGUUGUGACUGUGGUGGUUGGGACAUGGCUUGUCCACUUAUGGUUCUUGGAAAUCCUUGUAUCUCAUGUUCUCAUGAUCAGCCUCUUGUAGACAAUCAGCAUCCACUGCAACUGUUUGUCCAGGGUGCUAAAGAGCAUAUACCAGCAUUGUACAUGUCGUUUGUUGAGGAAGGGCAAUACGAUGUUCAUUUCCACGCGCAGUUAUCUACUUUGCAAGCAUUCUCAAUCUGUGUUGCGAUAUUACAUAACACGGAAGUCUCGGAUAGUUACAGAAACGGCGAGAAUGUACAACAGUUAUCGCAUUGCAGCUCGUUGAAAAUGCUGAUUGAUGAUGAUGUUCAAUUCUUAGUUGAAGCAGUAACUGAGGAAGAAGUAAAGAAAGUCCUUAAGCCUGUGAGAGAAGCUGCGACUGCUCUUCAAUCCUACAUGCCGAACCCUCCUUUCUCGCCAAUCUCCAGAGUGUGA